AUGGCAGUACCAACCCACAAUUACUUCAGGAAGCUUCUCCUCCUCGGCGACAAUGGCGUUGGGAAGACCAGCCUGUUUCUUCGAUUCUUGGAUAUACCUAUAGGGAUAGAUCUGAGUUUAAAAACCAUUGAGAUGGACGAUGAAUGGGUCAAAUUGCAAAUCUGUGACACAACCGGCCGGCAACGGUUAUACAAAAAAGUCACAAGAGCUUGCUACCAAGCAGCUGAUGGUAUUUUGUUGGUGUAUGAUGUCACAAAUGAGUUAUCAUUCGAGCACGUCAAGGAAUGGGUUCGUAAAAACAUACAUUCUUGUUCUGACAAUGUGAACAAGAUACUGGUGGGGAACAAGGCGGACGUGGAUGAUGAGAGUAAAAGGGUUGUGCCGAGGUGUAGAGGUCAAGCUCUUGCGGAUGCGUGCGGCAUCAUGUUCUUGGAAACCAGUGCAAAGACUAAUAAGAAUGUUGAAGACGUUUUCUUUGCAUUAGCCUCAGGCAUUUAA